CGAUAAGUGAGAGAUGUUCUGAAUCUCGUCCGCUAAUCCUGAUGGCAGAGUCGUAAUUCGUUUUGUACGCGGUGGACUAUUUAUGUCCAGAGCUGACGAUACGGUUAUUCUUGAAGCGUAGGAUAUUGGUUUUAGCUUGAAAGAGCUGCAAGAGCGGAAGCAUCACGGCGUCUUCAUGCUGGAUUUCGUCCGCAGCUUCACAUUUCCUGGAACUUGUCCAUGAAUUCUAGGGUUUUCGACUGAGGAGACUACUGCAAGCCGAUCCAAGUUUUCUUUUUCGAAGUUUCGUUCAGUGCGGACGUGGACGGAUCCUGAGCUGAUUCCCGGAAGAUCAUAGCUGAUCUGAAAACGAUGAGGGAAAGGUCUCUUUUGGAGAUUAUUAUGGGGAAUCAAGGUGGUGGAGCAGACUCAAUCCUGGCGUCAAUUAAGUUUGCUGUUUUGCCAAUUGCAAAGGUUUUCACGAUGUGCUUUUUGGGAUUUCUGAUGGCUUCGAAGUAUGUCAACAUUCUACCUGCAAAUGGUCGGAAACUUCUCAACGGACUAGUUUUUUCUCUUCUUCUUCCCUGUUUGAUAUUCUCUCAACUUGGAAGAGCAAUCACAUUGGAAAAAAUAUUUCAGUGGUGGUUUAUUCCUAUCAAUGUUAUCAUUAGUUCAACAAGUGGCUCUCUGAUUGGCUUUGUUGUUGCAUCUAUUGUUCGACCUCCAUACCCCUAUUUCAAGUUCACCAUUAUACAUAUUGGGAUUGGGAACAUUGGAAAUGUUCCGCUUGUCUUAAUUGCAGCUUUGUGCCGAGACAAAUCAAAUCCAUUUGGUGAUUCAGAGAAAUGUAACCAGGAUGGCAAUGCUUAUAUCUCAUUUGGUCAGUGGGUUGGCGCAAUUAUACUGUACACCUAUGUGUUUCAAAUGCUUUCCCCGCCUCCCGGUGGUUCAUUUGAUGUCAAUGAAGAAGAAGAGCUCCCAAGUAAGAGCCGGACUAAUACUGCUGUAGCAGAGCAAGUACCCCUGCUUUCUUCUUAUGAGCCUGAAGAAACAAGCACACAGGCUUCGAAAAGAAGAAAGAUAAUUUUCCAGCUAAGUUAUCUUGCUGAAAAACUAAAGAUUAAACAGAUUUUUCAACCACCAAUCAUUGCCUCUGUACUGGCAAUUUUCAUCGGCGCGAUACCAUUUCUGAAGCACUUAAUUCUUACAGACGAUGCACCAUUCUUUUUUUUCACUGACAGCUGCCUGAUUCUUGGGGAGGCUAUGAUUCCCUGCAUUCUGCUUGCGUUGGGAGGAAAUCUAGUUGAUGGUCCUGGCGUAGGAAGCAAAAGGCUAGGUUUUCGAACAACUGCUGCAAUUCUAUUUGCACGUUUGGUAUUAGUUCCUCCGGCUGGGCUUGGUAUUGUCACCUUGGCUGACAAACUUGGUUUCCUACCAGAGGGUGAUAAAAUGUUCAGAUUUGUGUUGCUGCUCCAGCAUACAAUGCCUACUUCUGUGCUUUCUGGUGCUGUUGCAAAUCUAAGAGGAUGUGGAAAGGAAUCAGCUGCUAUUCUAUUUUGGGUUCAUAUUUUUGCGGUAAUCUCCAUGGCUGGAUGGAUUAUUCUUUACCUGCGCCUUCUCUUCUAAAGAUCAUACAACAAAACACUACUGCUGCUUGGUAAGAACUCAAUGCUUCUCACUUCCUCUCUUCAACAUGCUGCUUUAGAAUCUUCAAUGAGCAGUAUGAUUUUUGUAAUGAGAAAUACUUUAAUUUCAUCCUUUCUGUGUAUAUACUUUUUAGAUGUAUGGAUUUCUUUUAUUUAAUGUGAUGAUAAUCAGUAUGUAAUGUAAGGAUAUAAUACUUCACUUUCCAUCACUUGUAUCUUUUGCUGGUAUCAUAUUUAUCACCUCUGAUUAUGAGGUACUUAUUGCAAA